AUGCACCGACACGGCGGCCGCGCGUGUGUGUGUGGGGCCGCGCACACACGCGCGCCCUGCAUUGGGCCAGCGACCUUGGCCGAAGGGAGCGGCUUCCGCGAUCCUACCUGCCUAAGGGACAAAGGACCAGGCCCCAAAGGCCCGCGCAUUUGCAUAGAUCGCGACGCCCGCCCCGACGACCGCGCAUCACUAAUUGCGAACGCAGAC